UUAACAAAACAAGAGGAGAAAAAACUGAUGAAAAAUUAUUUGUACAAAGUGGCACCUUGGUUAGAUAUGUUUGAUUUGUCAAGGCAAAUAGGUUUGAAAUCCGUUCAAUUAGCUAAAACUUACCCCUGUUUGAAAUAUGCCAUACUUGCCUUAAGCUCAAGACAAAUGGAAAGAACUAGUAAUUUAAAUGAUUCUUCAAUAAGUGCAGCCCUUUAUCAAACUUCUUUGAAACAUUUGAUCCCAACAGUGAAAACCAAACUUGAUAUUGGUGGUAUUUCCGCAUGUGUUACUUUAUGUAUCUUUGAUAUGAUGUCAAGAACUCCAGAAAAAUGGAGAUAUCAUCUUGAAGGAUGUUCUGCGUUAUUCAAGGCAACUGGGAUCAAUGGAUUCAGUGAACCAUAUGAAAGAGCUUUAUUUUGGGCAUUUGCAAGAAUGGAUGUCAAUUCAGCCGUGAUUGGUGAGCAAAGUACUAUGAUUGAAAGUGAAAAAUGGUUGCCAGACGGAGUUUCCUUACAUUCAGCUGGUGAGUUUUUCAAAAAGGAGAAUACUAUUGAUAUGUAUGCAAAUUAUAGUGUUUUCUUAAGCUCAAGAGUUUUAAAUUUGAUCUCAAGUACAAAUGUGACAAAUUUUGAGAAAGAAUGGGAGUUUUUAUGGACUGAAGUCAAUGAAUGGCAUCAAAAUAGACCUGAUGAAAUGAAACCAUUGAUUGAGUAUGAUUCUUCACCUUUCCCAGAAAUACUAUAUGAUAAUGGUCCAGCUAUUGGUUCUAACCAAUUAUACCACAUGUCUAUGAUAAUUUUAAUGGAGAAUAAGCCUAGAUUGUACAAGACUAAGCAUUCAAAGUCUCCAACAUGGCAUGCAAAACAGAUUUGUUCAAUUAGUCUCAAUAAUGAUCAUCAAGGAUGUUGGAAUAACUCUGUUCAAACAUUGUAUGUUGCAGGCAAACUAUUGACACACGAAGAUGAACACAAGAUAAUAUUAGACUUGAUGGACGAAAUAGAGACAACAACAGGAUGGGCAAUGAGAUUUCGAGGAAAAGAUUUGAAAGAGUUUUGG